AUGUAUCAAAGGCGUCGAGCUCAACGUAGACAACGACACGUGAAUGGAAUAAAUAGAGUAAUUCGCCAAGGAAAUCGCCAAAGACGCGGUAGAGCCGCAUGGAACAACAUGGUUGUAAACCUUGUAAACCUUCCUCCGCAAAUUAUUGAUGAUGAUAAUCCAUUUGCCGAGGACAGGACAGUUUAG